AUCCUUUCUCCUGCCAAUUACCUCCAUCAACAACAACCCAACGUCCACCACCUCACCCAGAUUCCGCCCUCGCAACCAACCAGGCUACGACGACAACGACGAAGACGCUUUUGGUCGCGCAUCUCAUCCGUCCAUCAUCGGCAUUUCCGAUCAAAAGCAUCAACGGGGAAAGCUCGGGCGCCCCUCAACGAGGCUAUUGCCCCACGUCUUCACACCCUGAUCCGUCCCGGUGCUACACACCACCUCCCCAAGCCGUCCCUCUCCCUCCGACCUCGCGAUCAGCUCCCUGACCAAGCAACACAUUCCCAUCUCCUUUGCUGACGACCUCCACGACCCUGUCCUUGACGACGAUCACGCUUACGAACACGCACACGCCCGGUUGCUCCAUCUCACCGCACUUUCCCCCAAUCGUCUCGAGCUAUUGACCUCAAGAAACAUGGACACCAACAUGGAAGACGCUGGGCGCCCAGCCGAAGUCUCCCCCGUCCUCGCGAACCUGGAGCCAACCACCAUACCUACUCUCGAUGGAUGGAUCGAGAGCCUGAUGAGCUGCAAGCAGCUGGCCGAGACGGAUGUCCAGAGGCUCUGCGAAAAGGCACGCGAAGUCCUACAGGAGGAGUCCAAUGUUCAACCAGUCAAAUGCCCCGUCACAGUCUGUGGUGAUAUCCACGGCCAAUUUCACGACUUGAUGGAGCUCUUCAAGAUUGGCGGCCCUAACCCUGACACCAACUACCUCUUCAUGGGCGACUAUGUCGAUCGAGGCUACUACUCCGUCGAGACCGUGACUCUUCUCGUCGCGCUCAAGAUCCGCUACCCGCAACGCAUCACCAUUCUCCGCGGCAACCACGAGUCGCGUCAGAUCACCCAGGUCUACGGCUUUUACGACGAGUGCCUCCGAAAGUAUGGCAAUGCCAACGUGUGGAAGUUCUUCACCGACCUCUUCGACUACCUUCCCCUCACUGCCCUCAUCGACAACCAGAUCUUCUGCCUUCACGGCGGUCUCUCCCCGAGUAUUGAUACUCUCGAUAACAUCAGAGCCCUUGACAGGAUUCAGGAGGUUCCCCACGAGGGGCCCAUGUGCGACCUCCUGUGGUCUGACCCCGAUGACCGCUGCGGAUGGGGAAUCUCUCCCCGUGGUGCGGGCUACACAUUCGGCCAGGACAUUUCCGAAGCUUUCAACCACAACAACGGCCUGACGCUCAUCGCACGUGCGCAUCAGCUUGUUAUGGAGGGCUAUAAUUGGUCGCAAGACCGGAAUGUUGUCACCAUUUUCUCUGCACCCAACUACUGCUACCGUUGCGGUAAUCAGGCGGCGAUUAUGGAAAUCGACGAGCACCUCAAAUACACCUUCCUGCAAUUCGACCCAUGCCCUCGUGCCGGGGAGCCCAUGGUGUCUAGACGCACGCCUGAUUACUUCCUUUGAUCAAAUCCCAUGUAUACCCAAAUACCGUCGUUUCGUGAGCAUUCUGCAUGUUCUCCACGGAAAGGUGCAGGCUAUGAUGACGCGCUGGACCAUGGGCCACGUGCGCCAGUACGCGGCCACCCUAGUAUGAUAGGAUCAAUCCAAGGGCCAGCACUUGUUUCCAACCGACCCAAAAAGAGCCUUGUAUUUGCUGUCCCAAUUAUGCUGGGAGCGUCACUAGCGUUUUGUCUGCGUGCGGUUCGCGCAAGCCAGUAGAUGUUUCACCGCAAGGGCAACCCCCCGGAUAAUGAUCGCUGGCGGCACUUCUAGAUACUCUGCGGGUCAAAGACAAGCAGCGCCAGGUGAAGAUGCUGAUGCCUAAUGAGAAGUUUUGUUACAUA